AUUCAAACUCAAUUACUGUCCAAAGAUGAUUAAGGUUCAGGGAAGAUUCACUCGAGUGUCGUUUAACAGAAAAGAAAGGUUGGUUGCAGACUGUAGGCCUAUGCCAUCAGAAGCCUGCAAACUAUACAUUGCUGGGAUGACCACCCAUGAAAACCUGGCCCCUUGAACAUUAAGGCACGUAGUCAUACCUGUAUACAAAACACUAAUGUUUUCUGUAAGCAAUAAAACGUUAAUGUGUGACUGUGUUCAAUUAAAAAUAGCCUACUUAAAAAAAAUACAAAUAAAAAAUCUCACAAAUGUAGUGACUGUGAAAAAAAAAAAAAAAAAACUACAGUGUCGCCCUAACUUGUUGGUUCUCACCACACUUGUGUGAUAGCCUCCGUCACCCUUCAAAAAGAAAACAAUGCUUCUUGCCUCUUCUAUACAGGUAUAUGACCGCGUCACGUUUUUACCACGUUUCCACCGGUGUGGAGCCUGCGGAUGCAGCUCACCGCAGUUCCCUCUCGCAUUUCAUCCUGGCCUCUGAUUGGUGUGUCGGCGUCACAUGGCUCAAGCAGCCGCUGCCAGAGCUCAUGUUCCAGCAGUCGGAAGCGAAGAGAGGGAAAGGGGCUAAGAAUAGGUAGAUGAGGAGAGAAUGUCACCGGUAUAGACUAUAAGCGCAAAUGAAUAUGCCCGCUUUGUUACGGACAUGACUAAAUAGCCUACUAGCAAAACAUACAGUCCACAUGUAUGUCGAACCUUUUUCCCGUAAAUUAGAUUUUACGCUACGUUUAUAGAUAGUUAUUUUAGGCUACUAGUCAUCCGUCCAUUCAUUCAUAGUAGACUGUGUGCUCUGGUUACUGUAGGCAACAUCAUAGGACUCCUGGCUACUUAAAGCCCGAAUGGCUAUUUGACAACAUGACAGGUCUGGAACACCUCAGUACAACUUAAUUGUGUUCUGCAACUAGAGAGUUUAGGGGCGUGGCCGUUCGGAACAAUGAGUGGCAUCCUGAAGAGGAAGUUCUCUGAGGAGGAAGGCUCCUCCCCCUGCUCAUUGCUGCCAGAGUUUGACGAUGUCUCCGCUAGCGACAGUGGGAACAGCAACGACAGCGUCAACGCCCCCACUACCCAACUCAUGCCCUCGUCCAUUCUGAAGCGGGGGAAGCGCAUGCGUGUGCGUGGCGUCAGCUUCCAGGGCGUGACGGUCUACUACUUCAGCCGGCGGCAGGGUUUCACCAGCGUGCCCACGCAGGGUGGCAGCUCGCUGGGCAUGUCGCCACGCCACAGCUGGAUCCGGCGCUUCACCCUGGGCGAGUUCGCCCGCGAGCAGGAGAGGAGCCACCGCAACAUGCUCAGGGACCACCUCAAGGAAGAGAAGCUCAACGCCAUCAAACUGAAGCUGGCUAAACAUGGCAUACUGGAGACGGACGAGGCAGCGGCGGCGUUGGCGCUGGACGACAUCCGCGAGGAGGAGAUCGACGUGGCGAGCGCGGAGGUGGACGAGUACUUCUUCCUGCAGCCGCUGAGCAUCCGCAAGCGCCGCGCCCUCCUGCGUUCGUCUGGCGUGCGGCGCAUCGACGGCCAGGAGCGGCACGUGCUGCGCACCAUCCGAGUCUCCCGGAAGGAGUGCGGCUGCCAGUGCCGUGGAUGCUGCCGCCCGGAGACCUGCGCGUGCAGCCUCGCCGGCAUAAAGUGCCAGGUGGAUCGCAUGUCCUUCCCGUGCGGCUGCUCCAAGGAUGGCUGUGGGAACUCGGCGGGGCGCGUUGAGUUCAACCCGGCGCGGGUGCGCACACACUUCCUGCACACGCUCAUGAAACUGGAGCUCGAGCAGCAGCAGCACAGCCUCUACCUCGCCGCCGGCAACGGUUACCAUGGCGACAUCCCCCUCGCCCAAUCGCAGCAUGAGUCAGACCGCACUUUGAUGGAGGCUCCCGGCAUGCACCUGGAUCCGGCUAACGAGAUAGAGUCUUGUCUGCGGGAGUCGGACGAGGAGGACUGUGACGAUUACGAAGAUGAGGAAGAAGAGGAUGAGGACGACGAGGAGGACGAAGAGGAGACUGAAGAGGACGAAGAGGAGGAGUCCGAGCAGGACGAAGACGAGGACGGCAGCAGUCUGCUGAGCGGCCUCUCCGACUCCAGCACCCACAGCCUUGCGGGCAGUGACCUGGAGGAAGACGAUGAUGAAGAUGACGAUGAGGAGAGGAGGAGAUGGGAGGACCGCGAGAACAGGAUGACCCGCGCCACUCCCUCCGUCUCGCUCCCGUCCGUCUCGCUGGCGUCCACCAUGGCCUUCCCAUCACUGCCCAGCUUCUCCGAAGCCCUCCGGGAGGCCGAGGCCACCGACCUCAGCUCCUACUACAGCAGCCCCUCAGCGCAGUACUACCCCAUGGACAGCUACACCUCCGCCUCCACCCUCCACACCUCCGCCUACUCCUCCCCCAGUAACCACACCGACCCCAGCUACAGCACCCCCACUCACACCGCGCCCAAUUAUACCAACUCAGGCUACUCGCUAGCCAUCAUUAACCCCAGUUACACAGUGUUAAACAACACGGUGAACAGUUCGAUGUCCAGUCACACACAGGACUCCCUGUACACCGGUGCAGAGUACACAGACUCCAACCACGCCUUGUCUGACUACACGAGCACCAACCAUGGCAGUGGGCAUCAAAACCAAAAUCAUUUCAACCACUACGGGUCUUUUUCCUCGGCAACGACAGCUAGCCCCGACGGCUCUACCAAACUCUGUGGAACGAGAAAUAUGAAUUCAGUGCCAUCUCUUGAUUCAUUCAGUAUUAUAACUGACUCUUAUAAAGACCUGAGCCAAUCACAGGUGCAGAAUGGACAUCACCCUUACCUUUUAUCCAAUGGGGAACAUUCUACAGCCAUCUGCUCUGUCACCAAUGAGAAAAACAACUAUCCAGCCACUGAGGAGUUUAAAGGCUCCCUGAAGAAAGAUGUGCAGGUUGAGUUCCAGAACUUUCUCAACAACAAUUCACAAGAGCUGCCAGUGGAGAAUGGAAGCCAUGUUGGAAACCAAGAUUUAAAAGUGGACCUCAAGCAGCAGUAAGCUGAGCUGUCAUGUCUGCCUGAAGGGGGGGGGGGGGGACAAACGACCUCAGACUUCCUAAUAACCCUUUAGAGGGCAAUCAAGCCUGGUUAAUCAGCUUUCUCUAAAACAGGCACCUUUUUCCAGUCCGCUUGAGGCCGGAAAAGGUCAAAAGGUGAAUCCUUAUCACUUUAUGACUUCAGAUUUCCCCAUGUGGAGAUGAGGGUAGCGGGACUUGGACAUGUCUUGUAUGCCUCAGGGGUGUGAUGUCUAUUAUUCCAGAAGUUCUGGGCCUUCAGAGGAUGUCCAGAGGGUUCAGCUGAUCGAACCUUAUGAUGGAUGUUCUCACCCAGACAAACAGGGGUAUUAUGUACAGUCCGGUGAUUUAUGGUUGUAUAAGUAAUUUGGAAUGUUUUGAUAAUACAUGCAUGUUACUUCAUGGCUUUUCAUGGCCAUAAAAGCAUUUAUAUACUUGAAGAUGAGAAGAAGAAUAUGGUUGCACGGUACUGCACACAGCUAUAUCUUUUCCGUCUCUUCUUUUGUGAUCUCUGUCCUUCAUGGUUUGUGAAAGCAUGACUAAGGCUGCUAGCUGGAAAUGAAAAGACUUUCUGUAGGUUGGAUGUUAUCAAUGUAAUAUCCUGUGAAUAGCCUGUUUUGGGUAUGAUCCGCCAUACUAAACAGCCAUCAUUCCUCCCACCAUCUCUGUAUUGGAUCCUGUGGUGCUUUGCAAGUGAAGUGAACUACCAGGGAGAUUCUGAGAAGGCACUUUGGAUAUGUGUUGUAAUCAAGAGUUCAUUGGUGAAUACAGAUGGCUUAUCAACAUAUUGGGAAAAGGUUUAUGGACACGUGUUAUGUUUAUGUUUGGGAUAAAAUUACCUAUUUUCUGGAUUUACGUGCCAAGUUCUUCUAAAUGUAUUCUAUCAGUGCUUGUCCCACUCCGAACACUCGUUUUCUCAGUUGGUCUUUUGCAGUGCUGUAAAAGAGAUUUAUUUAUUGAGAAAAUAAAAUCGAAAUCUGCCCUCUGUAUAAGAUUAUGACGUGUUGUGUAUGUUGGGGCAAGGUACAGCAAGUCAUUUCAGUCUGCUUUUCAGUCUUCAAAAUGAAGGUUGUGCACCACCGUGCCAUAACAUCCAUAACAUCGUGCCCAACAGUUAUUGUUUAUUUUUCUUCUUCUUGUGUUGUCAACUGCCGUCUCUAUCUUGCAAUCUUGCUUUGUUAUUAAACAAUCGUAAAAAGUAUUCCCUCA